AACAUCAUCGAAAUGCGAACGAGAUACCAAAAAGACUUUAUGAAGAAACAUGGAACUAAACUUGGUCUCAUGUCUCCUUUUGUACGAGCAGCCGCCUAUGCUUUACAAGAAACGCCGGUGGUCAAUGCAGUCAUCGACGAGAAUGAGAUUAUCUACCGCCAUUUCGUCGACAUGUCCAUUGCCGUGGCUACACCUAAAGGAUUAGUAGUACCUGUAUUGCGUAAUGUUGAAUCAAUGAACUACGCCCAGAUUGAAAAGGAAUUAGCAGCACUUGGAGAAAAGGCCAGAGAUAAUAAACUAGCUGUAGAGGAUAUGGAAGGAGGCACAUUUACCAUUUCAAAUGGUGGAGUUUUCGGAUCGGUAUUCGGUACACCAAUCAUCAACCCACCCCAGAGCGCAAUCCUAGGAAUGCAUGGAAUUUUCGAUAGACCGGUUGCUAUAAAUGGAAAGGUGAGCAUAAUUUUGCCAUUUUUAGAUCUCUUGAUUAUCAGUUCGCAAGUGUAUGAAAUGGUUAGUUAG